AAAUAGUUUCGAACAACCGCAUGAAAAAGGCUGGAAUUUCUAAGUUGUUUCUGUGUUUUGUUAAUACAAAAUUAAGAAAAUUUCAAUCAUGGCUAGCGUUUCGUAUCAUAUCGCAAAUUUACUUGAAAAGAUGACAUCGAGCGAUAAAGAUUUUCGUUUUAUGGCUACAAAUGAUUUAAUGGUUGAGUUACAGAAGGAUUCGAUAAAACUUGAUGAUGAUAGUGAAAGAAAAGUAGUUAAAAUGUUGUUGAAACUUCUUGAAGAUAAAAAUGGAGAGGUUCAAAAUCUUGCUGUGAAGUGUUUGGGCCCAUUAGUUAAUAAAGUUAAAGAAUACCAGGUUGAAACGAUUGUAGAUACUUUAUGCAAUAAUAUGAUUUCAGAAAAGGAACAGCUUAGAGAUAUAUCCAGCAUUGGUUUAAAAACUGUUAUUAGCGAGCUACCUCCCACAUCUACUGCAUUAGUUGCAAGUAUUUGUAAAAAAAUAACUGGAAGACUAAGCAAUGCAAUUUCAAAGCAGGAAGACGUGUCUGUUCAAUUGGAAGCGCUUGACAUUCUUAGUGAUUUAUUAAGUAGAUUUGGAGGUUUGCUCAUAAACUUUCAUCUUUCAAUCCAAGAAGCAUUACUACCGCAAUUAGCAAGUCAAAGAUUAGCUGUUCGCAAAAGAUCAAUUACAGCUAUUGGUUAUCUUGUAAUGAGUUGUAGUCAAAAUCUUUUUAACAAAUUGAUUGAUGUUCUUUUGGAAGAGUUGAGUCAAAAUAACAAUACUUCUACAACUAGGACCCAUAUUCAAGCAAUUGCUGCAAUUAGUCGACAAGCAGGGCACCGUUUUGGUGAGCACUUAGAGCGUGUUAUGCCAGUCAUUGUUCAGUAUUGCUCAGUUGAUGAUGAUGAAUUGAGAGAGUAUUGUUUGCAUGCUUUUGAAUCUUUUGUUCGGCGGUGUCCCAAAGAAAUAUCACCUCACAUACAAACGAUAGUGAAAAUAUGUCUUAAGUAUCUGUGUUACGAUCCUAAUUAUAAUUACGAUGAUGAAGAUGACUUGGAUGAUAGUAUGGAUACUGAGCGUGGUGAAGAAGAAGAUGGUGAAAGUGAAGAUGAAUAUAGUGAUGAUGAUGACAUGAGCUGGAAAGUUCGUAGAGCGUCUGCUAAGUGCCUGGAAGCCAUAAUUUCAACCAGGCAUGAGAUGCUACUUGACUUCUAUAAUGUUAUUUCUCCAGUUCUUAUUUCAAGAUUUAAAGAACGUGAAGAAAAUGUGAAAGUUGAUAUCUUUCAUGCCUAUAUUGCAUUACUACGACAAACACGCCCUUCCGUCACUGCUGUAGCUCUUGAUAUUGAAGCUAUGGAGCAUGAAGAAGGGCCUGUGAGAUUGCUAAAACAACAGACAGGAAAUAUAAUUCGUGCUCUUCAUCGUCAGUUAAAAGAAAAAAGCAUCAAAACACGACAAGGCUGCUUUCUUGUGUUGACUGAACUAGUUACUGUACUCCCGGGUGCUUUGUCGGAUCAUAUGCCUGCUCUUAUUCCUGGCAUCCAAUUUUCUUUAGGAGAUAAGAAUUCCAGUUCAAAUAUGAAAAUAGAUACAUUAACAUUUCUAAAUUGUUUACUUACUCACCAUAGUCCAGAAGUGUUUCAUCCACAUAUUCCAUCAUUAGUACCACCAAUUGUCCAUGCCAUCGGGGAUGUGUUUUACAAAAUAACAUCAGAAGCUCUGUUAGUGUUACAGCAGUUAGUUAAGGUCAUUAGACCUCUUGAUCAACAAUCUUCAUUUGAUUUUACUCCUUUCGUCCCUCAACUAUAUGACUGUACACUAGUGAGACUCAGAGCUGCUGAUAUAGACCAAGAAGUUAAAGAAAGAGCAAUUUCUUGCAUGGGUCAGAUCAUUUGUAAUCUUGGUGAUCAUUUAAAAGAAGAGCUUUUGGUGUGCCUCCCUAUUUUUCUGGACCGGUUAAGAAACGAAAUAACACGUUUGACAACUGUAAAAGCUUUGACAAAUGUCGCGAAUUCACCAUUGAAAAUAAAUUUGAAGCCUAUAUUAGGUGAAUCAAUGCCUAUUUUGGCUUCAUUUUUGCGAAAAAAUCAUAGAGCUCUAAAGCUUGGAACUCUUACACUGCUCGAUGCUCUUGUUAAAAAUUAUGUGGAUUAUUUAACUCAGGAUAUGAUUACAACUGUAUUAGCAGAAUUGCCGCCUUUAAUAAGUGAGAGUGAUUUGCAUAUAUCACAGCUGACAAUGAGUUUGUUGACAUCAAUAUCUAAGGUUCAAAAGCAACCGCUGAUGAAUGUAACAGAUGCAAUUUUGCCUGAAAUAUUAACUCUAGUGCAUUCACCACUUUUACAAGGUGCUGCUUUAAAUGCUAUGCUUGAGUUUUUUCAGUCGCUUGUUACUACCCAACUGCCUGGAGUAACAUACAGAGAACUUUUAAGGAGGUUAACAGCUCCUAUAUGUACUGUUAAUGGACAGCAUGGUCAAGGAAAUGCACCCCCAACUAUUCAUAAGCAAGCUUAUCAUUCAAUAGCUAAAUGUGUUGCUGCUCUUACUGUUACGUGUCCUCAGGAAGCAUUACCCGUGGUUCAACAGUUUUUGCAAGAACUGAAGGCUAAAAGGAAUUCAGAUUCAGUGCAGUUAUUUGCUCUACUAGCAAUAGGAGAAAUAGGAAAACAUAUUGAUUUAAGUAGCAUAUCAGAGUUAAAGACGGUUCUUCUAGAAGCAUUUUCUUCCCAAAGUGAGGAAGUCAAGACUGCAGCUUCUUUUGCUUUAGGAAGUGUGGCAGUAGGAAACUUGACUGAGUAUUUGCCGUUUGUUUUGAGUGAGAUUGAAAAUCAACCAAAGCGUCAAUACCUCCUCCUUCAUUCACUGAAAGAAAUUAUCACUUGUCAGUCAGCUAGUCGUAUGUCUGUGAAGUCGUUGCAGCCAUUUAUUAAAAAUGUUUGGGGUAUGCUGUUCAAUCACUGUGAAUGCACCGAAGAGGGAACCCGAAAUGUUGUUGCUGAGUGCCUAGGAAAAUUAACACUUAUAGACCAUGUUAAUCUAUUACCAGAACUGAAAACAUAUUUAACUUCAGACUCUCCUCUUGCUCGUAGCACUGUUGUCACAGCUAUGAAAUUUACUAUUUCAGAUCAGCCGCAACCUAUUGAUGCACUGCUUAGGGUAACCAUCGGUGAUUUUUUGAAGACUCUGAAAGAUCCAGAUCUGAAUGUACGACGUGUUGCAUUAGUUGCUUUCAAUUCAGCUGCCCAUAACAAGCCAUCUUUAGUUAGAGACUUGCUAGAUUCCAUCCUACCAGAAUUAUACAAUGAAACAAAAGUUCGAAAAGAGCUAAUUAGAGAAGUUGAAAUGGGUCCUUUUAAACACACUGUGGAUGACGGCUUAGAUAUUAGAAAGGCUGCUUUUGAAUGUAUGUACACCUUAUUGGACUCGUGCUUAGAUCGUCUAGAUAUUUUCCAAUUCCUCAACCAUGUAGAAGAUGGUUUGAAAGAUCACUAUGACAUUAAAAUGUUGACAUAUUUAAUGUUAGUUCGUCUUGCAACACUCUGUCCAUCUGCGGUUUUGCAAAGGAUAGAAAGGUUAAUCGAACCUUUACGAGCCACAUGUACUACCAAAGUUAAAGCAAAUUCUGUUAAGCAAGAAUUUGAAAAGCAAGAUGAAUUAAAACGAUCUGCAAUGAGAGCUUUUACAGCCUUGCUUGCUGUUCCUGAUGCAGAUAAAAAUCCACUAAUGAAUGAAUUUUUGGCUCAAAUCAAGUCUACUCCAGAUCUCCAAGUUCUUUUCGAGAGCAUACAAAAAGAUUGUUCCGGUUCGAUUUCAGAAUCCGCACACCUGAUGGAUAUCAGUUAGGCUCUCUAUAAACCUAAGAUUUUACUGUAAAACUUUUGUAAUAAAGAAUGUGCCGAGAUGGUCGUCUGAAUCAGACAAAGGAUCACACGUUUGGAACAGUGAUGCAUUUAGGAUUCAACUUGUCAGUAUCACUGAGUUUCACUUGCCGUGAAAAUCUAUUAAUCUUUACUCAUUUAAAGCUAUGAUUUUUGAUAAACACGAACACUUGAAAAUGGAUUGUUAAACAAUAGUGUUUAUUUAAGUGCUUACUCUUUUUUUGUAUCGCUUUUGUCUACAUUUUUACUGCAAUAAGAUUCAUGCAAAUUUUCUUGCUCUAAACCAGUUUACACUGUGCAACCAUGUUUAUCAGAGUAAGUUGUGUUAAAUUUUAUGUUUCAUAAUAAAAAACUUUUCAGAAAA